GGCGCUUCUAAAUUGAUUUCCGGCUGAUAACGUAUUUUUUUUUAUUUUUCCUUUUAUUACAUGUUUAUCGUGUGCGAGACAAAAUCGUCAUCCGAUAACAUAGCAGAAACUAUUGAGGGAGCCAAGAAAGAUGUGUGACUGCUGUGAAGGACAGCUUGAUUGCUGUUGUGGUCCAUCUGCCCCACGUGCAUGUUGCGCCUGUUGCCCAACUGUGAAGGAGUCUACAAGUACUAGAUUGAUGUACACUGUCUUCAUGGUAGUGAUCACCGCCUUGUCAUGUACAGCACUUGCCCCUCAGGUAGAGGAAUAUGUCAUGAAUGUGGUGCCUGAUCUUAAUGUAAGCUGUGUACAGAUUGGCUUCAAUGAGAAUUGCCUCAGCCUUGUAGGAUAUAUGGCAGUCUAUAAACUUUGCCUGGCAGUAGUCACUUUUCAUAUACUUUUGGCAAUCAUUACAUUUUGGGUGACUACAAGUGCUGGUUGGAGAGGUGGAAUACACAAUGGGUAUUGGUUAUUCAAGUUCCUGAUCUUGGGAGGAUUUGUUGCUGGGGCAUUUUUCAUACCUGGAGGAACAUUCAGUGGAGUUUGGUUGUAUGUUGGAAUGGCAGGUGGUUUCUUGUUCAUCAUUCUACAGCUGAUUGUAUUGGUGGAUUUCUCAUACCAGUGGAAUGGUAAAUGGCUGGACAAUGCAAAGACAAACAAAUGCUAUUAUCUUGCCCUGUUAUCUGUGUCUGUCAUAUUCUUCUGUGUAGCAGCAGUGGGUGCAGUCCUGCUAUUUGUCUUCUAUACAUCAUGGGACAAUGUGGAGGAUUGCAAACUCAACAAGAUCUUCAUAGGAUGCAAUGCAGGAGCUUGCCUUAUAAUGUCAGUCAUCUCAAUUAUGCCGUGUACGAAGAAAUUGAACAGAAACACAGGCUACCUCCCUGCAUCGGUGAUCAGCGUAUAUGUCAUGUAUCUUACCUGGUCAGCAUUAACAAGUCAACCAGCAGAGAAAAUUGGAGAGGAGAAUCCACUGGCGAUUACAGGUGGAGAACGACCCCCAAGACAAUUCUGUACCCCUCAGGAUACUACAGGGACCAGGCAGAUGCUCUCUGCCUAUGUUGGAGUGGUUAUAAUGUUUUUCAUGGCCAUAUAUGCGAGUUUACGUACAUCAAAUGAGUCUAGUAGACUUGGAGUUCAGCCCAGUGGAGCUCAUGAGGCAUCAUGCUGCAAAAUCUGUAGGCAUAAACGAUAUGAGAACUCUGGUGGGCAGACUGUGUCUUUCAAUGAAUCAGAGGGUGUGAAUUAUAGCUAUUCUUUCUUCCAUCUUGUGUUUGCAUUGGCAAGUCUGUAUAUAAUGAUGCAACUCACCAAUUGGUAUAGGCCAGAAAAAGCGAACAUUAAUAAAUUUGGGACAAAUUGGCCAUCUGUAUGGGUGAAGAUGGCCUCCAGUUGGAUGUGUAUUGUAAUAUAUGUGUGGACUAUGUUCAUUCCUAAAUGCUGCCCAGGGAGGGAUUUAUCUCAGUUGGAACGAUCGGAUCUGGAAAUAGGAAAAGCCAGAGGAAAUCAGGAAGCUUCGACUCCAUUGAGGGGGUCCCCUGUUAGGCGGGGAUCUAGAGACCAACUCGGUGGCUCAAGAGAUAGACUUAAUAGUAAAGGCAAUCGGGGAUCUAGAGACCGACUUAAUAGUAAAGGUUCUAAGGGGUCUAGAGAUAAACUUAAUACAUUUAUAUAGACCUUUUGAAAUGCAAUAUUUUCAAAAAUAUGAAAUAUUUUAAAAAUAUUAGAAUAUUGCAAUAUUUUUAAAGGUUAUCGAUAUUAAAUUUGAAAUAUUUAAAAGCAUGUUAGUGAAUUAACAAAGAUUUGCCAUAAUUUAUCUCAUAAAAUGUAAAUAAACUUGUUUAUAAUGCUUAUUCCAAUUAUCCAAAGGUUGCAGUGGAGUUCAAUGCUACAUUUCUAUUAUAUUAGUUUACUCUACAGGGUUUAUAA